ACCAGACUUCCUCAAUCAAGUGUGAGUUUCCUGUUAUAUGUACAAGAAGCCACACACCCCAUCUGACAUUUUCAACUUCUAACUUCACCGACAAGAAAGAGGAAGGAACAAGUGCGUCCUGUGUUUAAGUGCAGCAUUUAAAGAAGCAAGCAGAAACAUUGCUGUUCUCUACCGGGAGACAUAUCUGGCAUGAUGGACCCACAGCUGGGUUAUGCUGUAGCCUUUGGCUGCAUUUUGGUUCUGGGUCUGCCUCUCAAUGCUGUGUCACUGUGGAUUCUGUUACGCCGCCACAACCUCAAAUCCCCCAGUGCUGUCUUCAUGAUCAACCUGGCCAUCUCAGACCUGCUGCUCGUCAUCUCCUUGCCCAUGAGGGUCUAUUUUUAUGCCACAGGCACCUGGCCAAUGAGCAGAAUGGCAUGCCGUUCGAUCACAAUGCUCUUUCGCGACAACAUCCGCUCCAGCUGCAUCUUCAUUACAUUCAUCAGUGUGGACCGGCUGCUGGCUGUGGUUUACCCUCUGAGGUCACGGCAUCUUCGCACCUCAUCGAAUGCCUGGAGAGCUGCUGCUCUUAUUUGGCUGUUUUUGUUGCUGUUGCACAUCCCAGAAUUUGUGGACUCUGCAAGAGACUUAAACAACUACACUCAGUCAACCUGCUUUGAAUUUCUUCCGCGUCGUCCUAGAUCAGCAAUGCAAUAUUUUCAGGCUGUGUUAGUGUUCACCAUGCUGGCAGUCAACAUUGUGUCCACUGCUCUGGUGUCUUGGACUCUACACAAACAUGUGACAGACUCUGCAAGGGUCAACAAGAAGAUGAAUGUCAUGCUGAUUUUUGUCAUGAACUUGGUUAUGUUCACCAUAUGUUUCUUGCCUUUGUCAAUUGGUUUACUCAUGACUUCAGCACCUUCACACCUGACACCUUUGAUAUGUCUUACUACUGUGAACUGUUGUCUGGAUCCACUGUUGUAUUACUUUUCCUUAGAUGCCUUCUGGAAGAAACCAGAGCAUGUGGAUCUUGCAAGAGAACAAUAGACAUAGGACAUAUGGUGUUCCUAUUUUCAUGAGAUGGUACCAGAUUUCCCAUGUGUCAUUCAGAUUUUUCUUUUUUUUCAGCCAAUAGGUUUUUUGGAUGUGGAUUCAACCUUUGGUUCCGAGUUUGACUGUAUUAUGAGUUUUAUCAAGAAGUGAAAUGUUUGUGUAACUUGCUGAUAUAGGGAUGUAGAACGGAAGUGUAUAACUGUUACUUUCUUGCCAAAAGUUAGAAAAGACAAAUAGCACUCUCAUGCCAGUACAUUUAAUAUAAAGUUACAGUCAGGAGAUGGUUAUCUAGCUCAGCUCAGAUUGUAAAUAUAGGGAAAUAGCUAGUCUGGCUCUGAUAGAAGGUACAAAAAUACAUAAAAUGGCUAAGAACAGUCUCAUAACCCCUUAAAACAGCCUGUUUUUACACUUUAGUUUCUAUAUCAAUAAUAAAUUUGGCAACAAAGUGAAUUAGUGUGUUUCCCAAAACGUUUACAUCUUGAAACUAACUAGAUCGUCUGCCAUUUUGUGGCUGAAUCUUGUUAUAACUUGCCUUCAUUUGGAACUGAACUUUGAAAUGUAAGAUGUAUGUUUAUGUGUGAAACACCAAGCUGGUUUUCAGGCAAUUAAGAAAGGACCCUAAAGGUUUUGAGUGAAAAACAGGACCGACCUUUUUAGCACCCUCCUUCUGCUUUUGUGUUUUUUAUUUUGUAUAUUAACAUUAUUUGACUCCCUUCUGUUCUCUGAAUGUUAUAAAUCAUUUGAUGUGAGUUGGCCUUUUGUCUUUUCUGAAUGUCUCAGCUUUGCAGCCAGCAGAUCUCGAAUCCUAAGCCCCACCAGAUGGAAGGGCGUCAGUAUAAGCCUACAGCAGACUCUAAGGCUCUAGAUUACUUCAUCUGCAGAUCUGAAAUGACCUAAAAGUGAUCACUGCUAAUGCAAUUAGAUACUGAGGGUUGGCAAAAUAACCUCUCUCUGACAGGUUUUCCCUAUAUCAACCUAAUAGUAGACAUUACCAUGUCAAAUGAGGCAAACGGUAGAACACAGGAUGAACGUUAUCUGUUCGAGAUCUGACCACAUAAACAUUAAGACAAAAUUCAGAAAUAAUAAACCCUCAUACCUGAUGAGGCAGAGAGGAAAGCUGUGAUGCAAGAGCUAGAUAAAGAUGAUGACAUU